AAAACAAACUCCAGUUUGCUUGUCCCGUCGAAAUUUCGAUUUUAAAUUGCUAAAUCAAAAUCAUUUAUUCCCUUUAUACCUGAAUGAGAUUUUCGCUAAAAAAAGCGCCAUGGACGUAUGCCGGGUGUGUCUCGAAGAGGAAGCGGAUAUUUUUCUUUCUUUAUUUUCGAAAAUGGAACAAGUUCCUAUUGUAGAUAUGAUCCAGCAGCUGACCGGUUUGAAGAUCGUUAAGGGCGAUGGACUACCGCGAUUCAUUUGCCAGAUUUGCGCGGACGAUAUUUUGAAUUGUUUCAAAGUACGGCUCAAAUGCAUUGACUCGGACAAGAAGUUAAGGAAUACGCUUCAAAAGAAUCAGGAAAAAAUGAAGAUGUUCGAGUCGUUGCUGCAGAAAGAAAAAUUGAAAGAAUAUUCGGAAGGUGAACAAGAGAAAACAGUCCCAACGGCGCCUGUUGUAGUAGUUUCUGCUCAAGCAUCUGAUGAUAACCAAAACGAAUCUAUUAAUUCGUUGCUCCACACACGACCCGCACAAACAGAAAACGAACCCUCAAUUGAAAAGAAAGUUGUUCUUGAAGAACAAGAAUCUCUACCAGCGUUAGUAAGCCAUGUGGUCAAAGAGGAGGCCGUUAUAGUUCCGGAAAUUAUUGCUCACGAAGAACAAAUCGAGAAUGUUGAAAUCGUUGGGGAGUACGCGGUAGAAGUUUGCGACAUGAAGUCAAUGGCAUCGGAGCAUUUGGAAAACGAGGCAGAAUAUGAGGAAGAAUAUGAUGAAGACGUUGAAGGCGAAGAAGAGAGAGAUGAGAUGGAAGUUGAAUAUUCGGAAGAAUACUUGGAUCCCCCCGGGGAUGCAGUAGCUGAACUUCAAUAUACUGUCGAAUCCAAUUCUGGCGAUGAGCAAAUGGUAUUAGUACAGAAAAUCAAAACCAAUUCGACUGGAAAUAAAAUGCCAGAUAGCAGUCAAUCUGGCGAGAUUAUUUGCUGCGGAUGUAAUCAACGUUUUGAAAGCAAAGUAGAAUUAAAUCAACAUUCUUUGGAUGUGCAUCUUGCAAUGAGAUUGAAAAAGAGUCCCAAAGAAUUUGAAUGUAAUGUUUGCUACAAAAGGUUUGCCAAUGCAAAGCGUCUUAAUUUCCACCAGCUCUCUGUGUACAAGGUAAAAGAUCACGGAUGCGACAAGUGCUCAGCUAGGUUUACAUUCCGAGGUUCACUGCUCAGUCACUUGAAAACCCAUGCCGAUCGAACGUACGUUUGUGAAAUUUGCUUGAAAUCAUUUUUCACAAGCAGUACGCUUCAGUCCCAUCGCUUAUUACAUACUCACGAUAAAAAGUUCAAAUGUACUGAACCAAAUUGUACAAAAAGUUUUCUUCGAAAAGCUGAUAUGCACAUUCAUUUAGUGUCGCAUUCAGACGAACGGCCUUAUGUUUGUGAAAUUUGUUCUAGCAGGUUCAAGUCUAAGGCACAUCUUGUACAUCACGGGAAAGUUCACACUAAAGCCAAACCGUACAAGUGCGAUCGCUGCGAGCGUGCUUUUGGAACCUAUUCGGCACGCAAGUUCCAUCAGCUUUCUCAUGAUGGAAUUCAUCCGUAUAAGUGUAAGUACUGUGAAAAAAUUUAUCAGCGUAACACCAAACUUCAGGUUCACAUCCGUCGAAUGCACACGGGGGAAAGACCGUUUGCCUGCGACAUUUGCGAAAAUGUUCGGUUCUAUCAAAACUGGGAGCUAACGGCUCAUAAGAAAAAUGUUCACCAAGGCCAAAGUGGCGCAAGUGAGGUGCAUUCGAGUUCUGAAAAACGACAACUAUCGAUAAAAGUUGAUACUAAGCAAAGGAAAACAAAAUCGUGAACUAUUUUAAAAAUUUUCAAAAUGUGGUUUUAUUGAAAUAUAGGUACUGGAUGAUAAAAUUA